AUGACCUCCUACGCGACCGACAGCCAAGGGAAGUUUAUUACGGCUUCACAGCGCCCUGAUGGUACCUGGCGCAAGCCCAGACGCAUUCGUGAUGGAUAUGUUCCACAGGAAGAAGUACCUUUGUACAAAAGUAAAGGAAAACUUUUUUCUCAAAAACCGGUUCUACCCCCAGGAUUACCAGCGGAGAUGGCUCACAAGGCGAAGGAGAAACGUGACAAAGCAGAACGUGUCAAGCAACAACGAGAAGCUGAAAUUUCUCGUCGGACCACUCCAAAUUCCGUCCCUGGCUUGUUGAUACUAGCACAGGAUGAUAAAACGUAUCAACGGCAGCAGCAACAUCAAAAAUCGCGACCAGCGAACUCUAAACCGAAAAAGAAAACGGUCGAAUUGCCUGAUGUCCUUCUGGAGCAGAAACAGAUGGAGGAUCAUAACCGUGCACGUCCUCAACCUCUACAGAAUCAAAAACAAGGAAGAUCUAAACAACAGGAUGACCUGACUGACACAACAAAAGCUAUGGUUGAUCUACAAGUAACGGGACUUAGCGAUGACCAUCCUGAUCUCAGCAAGAAAUUGCGCAAAUUACGGAAGAAAAUUUGCGAAAUCGAAGUAAUUGAAGAACGGUUACGAUCGAAUGACUGCCCGCGUCCAGACAAAGAUCAGAUUGAAAAGGCUAAGCGGAAACCGGAAAUUUUAAAGGAGAUCGAAGAGUUGGAACGAAGUAUGGCUAAAUGA